CACAAGACUCCACGCGGAGCGGAAGUGACGCAGUCGGAAGCGGAAAUGGAGCCUCCCACAGCCGAGGAGCUGCGGCUGCGGCUCCAGGAGCGGCUCCAGGCCGAGCACGUGGAGGUGCAGGACUCCCCCGAGCUGUGCCAGGGCAGCUUCCGCGUUUUCGUCGUUUCCGGAAUUUUCCGCGGCCUCAAAACCCUCCNAACGUCCAGGCUCGUUAACGAGGCGCUGAAGGAGGAGCUCAGCCGCAUCCACGCCCUGGAGCAGCGAACCCUGACCCCGGAACAGUGGGAGGAGGAGCGCGGCUCAUUAGCAUAAAUUUGCAUACCGAAUUCUCCCAUCUCCGCUUCAUCUUCAUGGAUUUGCAUAAAUUAGCACAGCCCGGCUCGGCUCUGAUUGGUUGAAGCCACGCCACGUUUAGGGCCUUAAAUGGAGAUGGAAGGGGGCGGUGCUGAAGCUCAUUUGCAUUAAUUUGCAUAAAGGCAAUAAACAUUCCUCAUUUGCAUAACGUGUUUGUGUCAUCAUUGAGUGAGAGCGGCUUUGAUUUUGAGUUGAUUUGCAUAAAUUUGUAUGCAUACAAAAAAAAUUUCUCAUUUGCAUAUGGGGUGACAUCAUCCAUUGGUAAUGCGUAGCUUUAAUUUUGGGUUCAUUUGCAUAAAAUAAAUAUUUCUCAUUUG